AUGGAGCAGGGAAACAACGAAAGCACACCGUUGCGGGACCUGCAGCAGACGUUGAUGAAAGCCACAAUGUUCUCCGCCACGCAACUCGAUAUCCUGACAGCCAUCCUCACGCUGGUGCUCCCUUUACUCGCAGCCUUCUACAUCCGCAAAGACUACAAGGCCUUCCUCGACCUCGGACCCGGCGGCACCCCAUCGACGCCCCUCGGCUACCUCAAAAUUAAACUCCUCUCUCUAGUCUGCCUGCGGAACCCUCUCGGUCCCAUCCCCAUACCCUCCCACUUCCGCCCCCAGCAAGGCUACUUCCGCGACGACCUGUUACCCAGACGCCUUGGUGACCGGCCUGUGGUACGAGGCAUUGCGCCCCAGCGCCAACAGACGGAAAAGAGCGGCGAGAAAGUCUACGCACGACUGGUGGAGAAGAUGAAGGGCCUUGUUGCCGACUCGAAGAAUCAAUUGAUUGAGCAGACUUCCUGUUUUGAAAAGCAUAGCUCGGGCCUCUUCACUACCGUGCCUAUUACACGAGCGUGCGGUGGGGAAAUCUGCCACGCCCAUCCUUCUGAUGGCUCCAUGCACAUGACCAUGCACCCGGCAGAUGCCAAUCUGAUUAUCCGAAAGGGAUGGGGUGAACGUCAUCCGCUUGCGAGGGGAGGCUGGUGUCGACGUUUUGUGCCUAGGGAGUUCAUGUUGAUCUAUGCACCCCGGGAUGAGGCAGAGGUGGAGAUUGUGCUGCACAUCAUUGCUGCAGCGGUUUGGUGGGCUAGUGGCGUUGAUAUCAAUAGUGAUGAGGAGGGGUCGCGGAGGAAGAGUACAGAUGUGGAGGUGAUUGGGAAGGCGAUGAAACAGUCUGAGUGCUGGGCGUGCAAGGCGCAGAGGUGUGGGAGUUCGGUGGAGAAGAUGAUGAGCGACACAUGA